CAUGAAAUGUUAUCAGUUGCUUUCUUAUCUUAACAGCUAACGUACCGAUUGAAAAGGGGUUUCCAAUUUGUCGACAUGGAUCUUCGAUUGCUGACAUUGCUCGCUUGCUGCGCAUUUAUGGCUGAACUGGGAGUCCAGGGAGUAGCAGGAUCCGUCUACGUUAAAGGAGGCAGCCGUUAUCCGUUCCCGCGUCCUCAAUAUUCAAACGCUGAGGCCACAAAUGCCCAGACAAAUCCCAGUAGCUCUAAUAAGCAUCAGCAGCAGCCAUUAUCACGCGCUUAUUACAUUGAAAGCAACAGAAGAGUUCAACGACAAAUUUUGAAUUCCAAAACCACGUCCAUUCCAUCACUGACGACACAUUCAGCUGCUAAUGGAAACAGCCGCAAACAGCCAAACACUCAAGCAGUAUUUGAAGACCAACGCCCGAUUGAUUUCGACUUGAACGUUCGGCCGAUGGCACAUUUUAUCCCUGGGCUUAAGUCGGUAAAGAACUAGCCGUCAAAUCUUUUACAGCCGGUCUGCUGCUGUGUCACAAGUAUCUUACAUCUGACGAAUGAAUUCUUUUCUGUAAUGAGAUGUCUUAUUUACAGACAAAUUCCUUUCAUAAUAAAUGAACUCUUGUACCUGGACAAUAAAUGUGACAUAUUAUAACAGGCUACAAUAAAAACGUUUGGCUGAA